ACACAUAAAGAAUACAUGGAAAGAUCACUAAAUAUAGGUAGAAUGUAUGAUCUUUAUAAAAUAUAUUGUGAUGAAAAUGUCUCUCCUCCAGCAAAAGAACAUAUGUAUCGUUAUAUCUUUAAUCACGAGUUCAAUAUAGAAUUUCAAAAACCGAAGAAAGAUUUAUGUGACACAUGCUAUGAGUAUCGCAACAUUGUUAAUGCAAGCAAUGAACAAACAGAUAGUUAUAAUAAGCACAUAAAAUCAAGGAAUGAUACCAAAACUGAACGUGAAAAUGAUCGCCAAAAUGUUGAUUCUAAAACUGCAAUUGUUUGUAUUGACCUUGAAAAUGUUUUAAAUUUGCCUAGAGCUAAUGUGGGAAACUUUUAUUACAAACGAAAACUUUCAAAUUAUAACUUAACUGGUCAUUGCUCGCUUAACAGGAAGGGUUAUUGCAUCCUUUGGCACGAAGCCAUGACUGGUCGUGGAGGAAAUGAUCUAGCCUGUGCUGUAACAUGUUUGCUUUUGAAAAUCAUGGCUGACCUUGACAUAAAUAAGUUCAUACUUUGGUUCGAUUCAUGUGUACCACAAAACCGCAAUAGUUUCAUGUCAGCAGCUUUGUGUGAAUUUAUAAUACGAUACCCACAAAUAAAAAUCCCUCUCUGCUGCAGAAAUAUUUAGUCCACUUGGGCUAGAAAGAGCUAUUAAAAAUGUAAACCGUAAAAAACCUUUCUGUGUUUACCAAAUGCAAUUAGGAGAUAUAAAGAAUUUUUCAGUUGUCG